ACAGCAAAAGUUGGAAAAUCUCGUUGAGCAACAGCAACGUCUAUAUCAAGAACAGUUGGAACAGCAGAAAAUUCAACAGCAACAACAGCAGGAGGUUGUAAGACAACAAUGGAAACUACAGGAACAGCUUAGGGCAUUAGAGAAAAUGCAACUAGAGUUUAAUGAGAAUGCUGAUCUGUCACCACGUGGACCAGCUGUAAGUGAAUCAGACGUGCAACUCCAGCGAGAGCUUGUGCGGCAGCAACAAGAAUUUCUUCAAAAGCAGAAGGAACAGUUGCAGCAUUCUCAGAAUCAGCAAGCUCGAGCUCUUGAGCAACAGAAGAAGUUGUGUGAACAGAUUGGGCAGUUAGAGGAACAGCAAAGACAGCUCCAAUCCAGCGUCAGCCUUCUCAGUCCAGCCGGUGAAGAUCUGGCUGAGAUCAAACAACAAGAACAGCAGAUUGUCAAUCUCUUGAAUGAACAACGGCGUCAAGAGAGCGAGUUGGAGAGACUGCAUCAAUUACAGCAGCGAAGACUUGAAGAACAGAGUAACAGCUUUACACAAGAGAGGAAGGCUCUAGAACAAAACCAAGAAAUGCUUCAAGGAAAAAUUAAAGAACAGGAAACAAGGAGGAGGCAACUGGAGGAAGAGCUCGAAGAAAUGCGGCGAAAACAUGCGGAGUCUGAAGAGCAGUGGAGGAAAAGACUGAGUGCUGUGAGUGUUGAAUCGUCGGAUGGUAAAAGAAGGGAACGAUUGAACAGUGUAGAUGGACAUGGUGACGGUGAAAAGAGACCGGACAAAAGAAACGAGCAGGGUAAUAUUGCAAGUUCGUACCGCGAUAAAAAAGGGAGAACAAGACACCGAGCUUCGGGCGGUUCUCCUCAAUUUGACGAUGUCAGGCAUGCGCUUCAGAGUGCAAGUCAAAGCUCGAAUUUGUCGUAUCGUGAUGAAAUAGAGGGAAAACGUAAGAGAAAUGAGCAACGAAGUGCGGCGGACAGCUCACGCCACGUUGAUGCAGAAGGAAGAUGGAGAGACGAAGACGCCGACAGCCCAACCCACGGCGAGAGAUCUGGGAGGAAAGUGCACGAAAAGGGUAAAAGAAAAUCAAGGAAAACCAGAAUGAGAAGUGCUGAAUCUGAACCAGUGAUAACCAAGACUGACGCAGAAGUAACCAGAGUCCAAGUCGUGAGGGAUGACGAGGUUUACCGCUUGUCCAAAGGACGAAUUGAACUGCUAGAGUCAGAGAAGUCGGCUAUGAUGGAGCUGAACACGUCUUUGCAAGAAGAAAACAAGGCUUUAAAGCAACUGUCACUCUCUCUCCAAAAGGGAACAGGUGUCUCAUCUGUUGUUUUGCAAAAGCAAAUCAAGGACUUGCAUCAAGAACAGAAAGUUUUACGUGAUACAGUUCAUCGGCUCAACGUGGAACUCAGCAGGUACCAAGCGAAAUAUCGGCCUGUGUCGUUUGAGGAGGUAGAAGGCGUGGCAUUGCCGUACAAGAAGGAGGUAGCUCCCUGGCUGGUAAACACCAAGUUCUUGGCGCCGCUUUUCUUGGCGUACGACGAUCGAUUAAGAGAAAAAGAACAACUGAUCAGAACUUACGAUGAAGAGUUGAGCUCUUUUAAGGCUCGAGUCAUGGAAGUUGUCAAGGAAAAUCAGCAGCUUCACAUGAGCAUUAGCAAAGCCAGUCCUGAUGCAUUGGGACCGGAUGAGUGGCAACAAUUGCAGGAACAGGCAAAGCUAGUUGUGGAGGAAAACGCUCUGUUGAUGGAACAACAGGAAAUACAAGACAAAAAGAUGAAGGAAAUGCAGCGAAUCCACGGACAGGAAGUUUCCAAGUUGUCCAAACGGAUUUCAAGUCAAGAGUCAACCCAGCGGCUCCUUGAAACGGAGCUAGAUGACAUGCGUCGUAUCCACAGCAACCUAGUGCGUCAACACGAGGCUAUGGUGGCCGAUCAGGAAAACAAGAUGUUGAUUCAAGAACACCUCAGGAUAAUGGAUGAAUGCAAGAGUGUACUUGAAGACUUGAAAGCGAAAACAAAAUCAGAGACAGAGGAAUACAAUUCGAAGUUGCAGGCAGUCCAGAAAGAAAAGAGUAACUUAGCUAUAAAAUUUGCAGAUGCCGAAGCUAAGAGCGCUCAACUUGAGCGAGAACUUGAUGCUUACUAAAAGAAAUCAGAGCGCAAGUUUCUGUUUCUUCAAAGAAAGUUAGAGCACAUUCAGGAACGAGAGCUGACAGCCCAGGAGACUCUCUCACAAGUGCUAACCAUUGCGGAGAAAACGGCCGCGGAGAGGGACAACUACGUACAAUUUGCCAAGACACAGAAAGUGGAACAGCAGAAAGCUGCUUCUAAAAUUCUCGCUGGAACUCAGAAUAUCAAAGGACUCGAGGAAAAACUCCAGGAGUGCAGGAAAAAGGCCACGGAUAAAGUCGCCAUAGUUACGGGAAGGCUGCGAGAGAAAGAAAACGAAAUCAACAAACUCAAAGAGCAGUACGAGGGGGAAAUUAACAAUCUUCGCGCAAUGGUCAGACAAAAACAACGCCAGUUGGAAUUAAUGAUCGGAGAUAACAGAAACGUUGACAAAGAACUAGACUUAGUUUGGAAGACGGCAGCCGCUGACAACAGGCGAAUGAAGGACACAGUUCGUCAGAAAGGUGGUAUGUUUGACUCGGACUCAGACCCCAAUGCACAUCUAUCUUCGGAAGAAGGGGAGGCUGCAUAGUCGAACAAAGAGAUGGUGGAGGACAUUGUUCGAGGAUAAAGCGUUUGUUUAUGGAAUCGAAUAGGCACGCGCUAUAGGACUGAAUGACUUUUUUGCGUGAAACACAAAGUGCACAAACAAAAUUUAAUUUAAACUAUCGGACGCUUAUUUAAACCAAUUACAAAUUUACAAUAAAAAGGUAUAUAGGUGUAUUAUCUUCA